AUGCCUGUUAUCUCUCGCCAGCCCACGCGCCGCGGACGGGAAGAACCUGACACCAUGCCCCUGCUUCAUCGCCGCCCUAACACGCGACCAUCGCGGAAGCCGAAGGGUGCAAACAGCCCAACUCAAUCAACGUCGCAGCGAGAGCAGACUACGCUUCGACUGCGGCUUCAGCGAAGGUGCUUGAAUCCAGAGACCUGGUGGACGUCCCUUACUGCGUUUGGUGCGCAUGAUAAUGUUUCCGAGGACAUGCUGGAACAUGAGAAGGCCAUUGCCACAGAGGAGGUUCGACAGGAAUGGAUGCGACGUCUGCGGCCCAUGCCGCACCGACAGAGUCCGCCGGUAAAGUAA